GGGGCCGUGCUGGUGGGUGGAGGAGACUCGCUUCGCUCGCCCGGCCGCCAUGACCGAGCACAGCUUCGCGCUACCGCUGAUCCUCUUCUCCGCCUUCUGGGGCCUCGUGGGCGUCGCCGCGCCCUGGUUCGUGCCCAAGGGGCCCAACCGCGGGGUCACCAUCACCAUGCUGGUCACGGGCGCCGUGUGCUGCUACCUCUUCUGGCUCAUAGCCAUCUUGGCUCAGGCAAACCCACUGUUUGGGCCCCAGCUGAAGAAUGAGACCAUCUGGUAUGUGCGCUUCCUGUGGGAGUGACCUGUUGCCAGCCCAGAAGCUACCAGGAAGGAGAUGAGAUCAGCACCCAUAUAUCAUGCUCCUUCUGAAAUCCAGAUGUUGCCCCAUCCUCUGCACCCUCCAGUGCUGUCCUGCCAGACCCUGCCAGAGUUGGACCCCAGGUCAGACCAGCUGCAGCAGCACACCUGAGCCACUGCAUUGAGGAACCAGAAAGCAAAGGGCCACCUGUGCAGCCCUGUCUGAGGCAUGACCCCUACCCCAAGAUGGGCCCUGAGGAGUAGGGGUUCCCCAGGUGCUGUAGAGGGAAGUCCCCACCUCCUUAGCAAUGGAGAUGUUCUGAAGUGGCCGGUUGAGCUCUGUGGUUCCCUAGGAAUUGGUUGGUGCUGAAGACAACCCCUACCCCUUUGCUUAAAGGACCGAUACAAGGACCCCUGACAUGCUGCUCAUCAAGGAUGGGAGCAGCACCAGUUGCCUCUGUUUAGUCGUUAAAGCCGGGAGUGGAGACUUGAGUUUAACCUCAUGAUUCCUGUUGCAUGAAAUCCUGCCCCCAAAUCAAACCAGCCGUAGAAUCUUAGGCCUCUUCUGGCCCUGGCAGCCCCUAUCCUCUGGGCCUGUGCAUGUGAGAACCAGAACCCGAGGUAUCCUCUAGAUACUGAGCCCCCUCAGGGUGAUACCUGGGCCCCUGGAGCAGCAUGCCUGCUUUCAAGCUAGGUUCUGACUGGUGGCCAUUGCUUACUAUUUCUGGGAGGGUGUAUCCUGGGGAAUAGGAUGCUGAUGUGGGGAAGGGAGUGCUCUGCUAGAAGUCAUGGUGAGUGGGCAGGUCAGGGUGGGACUCUCCUGUGUCAGUUUAGAGGGAGAGGACUCCUCUUUCACUCCCCCAAGACUCUUAGAGAUCCUAGUCCUGGAGCUGGUGCUACAGACACCAGGAUCUUCUCUGCUCAGAGUUCCCACUCCCACCCCUCUUGUGUGUUCUGGUUGUGGGGCAGGUGCUGACAAUCUGGGCAAUGUCCUGGCCUCCCCUUCCCUUCCCCAUAUUUAUUGGUUAACCACAGUGUAUUUAUUUGUCUUGUUUGGUGUUUCAAAUUGUGUUGUGAAAAUAAAUGUUUUUCUAGUGA